AUGUCAGCAUUAUUGAUUAUUGAUGUACAAUAUGACUUUAUGGAGGGAGGAUCACUGGAGGUGAAUGAUGCUUCAGCGAUAUUGGACCCAAUCAAUGAGUUGAGAAAGAAGAUGAAGUUUGAUUUGGUCGUGCUGUCACAGGACUGGCAUCCACAAGAUCAUGUAUCAUUCGCCUCAAACAACCCUGGAAAGAAGCCGUUUGACACGAUGCCCUAUCAUGGUGGCGUGCAGGUGCUCUGGCCUAAUCACUGUGUGCAGGGCUCACACGGAUCAGACUUCCACAGUGGACUGUAUCGAGAGCCCGAGGAUGUUGUGGUGCGCAAGGGCAUGGACAGGUUGGUGGACAGCUACUCUGCAUUCAUGGACAAUGAUCACAAGAGAAAGACAGAGAUGGAUCAGGUAUUGAAGGCCGCCAACAUCCACACCGUAUACGUCUGUGGCAUUGCCAGUGAUUACUGUGUUGCAUUCACAUGUUUGGAUGCUGUUGCCGCAGGCUACAAGACCUACCUAUUAGAGGAUGCAUGUCGAGGUGUGGCACCAGACACCACAGCAUCUCAGUUCAACAAGCUUAAAGAGAACAAUGUUACAUUCAUUCGUUGCAGUGAUCUAUGCAAGCAGUAA